AUGGAGAUCUCCCCUAACGUGCCUUACAUGGUGGCUGAGCUCGUCAUCGCCUUUUCUUCCACUCUAGGCAAUUUACUGGUCUGCGUCGCCGUGGGGUUCAACCGCAAAUUACGGACCGUCACCAACUACUUCCUGGUGUCGCUGGCCGUGGCAGACGUCUGCGUGGGCACCGUCGCCAUUCCCUGCGCCAUCCUGACUGACAUGGGUGUGCCGCGUGACAGCCUGUACCUGUGUCUGCUCAUGCUCAGUGUUUUGAUCAUGUUCACUCAGAGCUCCAUCUUCAGCCUGCUGGCCGUGGCCGUGGAGCGCUACGUCGCCAUCUUCAUGCCCUUCCGCUACCACGUCCUGAUGACGCCUCGCAACGCCGCGCUGGUGAUCCUGGCCACGUGGGUGCUGGCCUUCCUCAUCGGCCUCGUGCCUCUGAUGGGCUGGCACAAGGCUCCUCCCGAGUCGGGCUACUGUUUCUUCGUCUUUGUGGUGGACAUGACCUACAUGGUCUAUUUCAACUUCUUUGCUUGCCUGCUGAUGCCCUUGCUCAUCAUGUUCCUCAUCUACGCCCAGAUCUUUGCCACGGUCAAGCGCCAAGUGCGGCGAAUCGCCUCCGAGCAACGUGGCCGAGGCGAGCAACAGAGCAGGGCUGCGGAGAGGAUGCGCAGGGAGAUGAAGAUGGCCACAUCUCUCUUCCUGGUUCUUUUUCUCUUCACCGUCUGCUGGAUCCCGCUUCACGUAAUCAACUGCUUCCUGCUGCUGUGUCCCCACUGCCCUGUGCCGCUGGAGCUCCUGCUCGCCGCCAUCAUCCUGUCGCACGCAAACUCCGCGGUCAACCCGUUCCUGUAUGCAUACACCAUGAAAGCUUUCCGUGACGCAUUUAAGGAAAUCUUUUUGUGCUGCAGGACGACUGGAGACGGAGAGGCGUCAAAUGAGAACAACACCAACGAAGAAACAAGAACAGGACCCGACAGAGCCGGGGAUCCCCGAGCAGUUCGGUCAUGA